GGGCUGGGACUGGGUAUAUGUAGGGUUUGGGGGCUCUUUUACUUGCCGUGGGGUGUAUUCUUUGGAUGGAUAAUUGAUGCGAGGGGGGAAGCCUAUAUCUGGCUUGGUUUGGUUCUCUCACGAUUUUUUCUUUUCAUUCUUGACUCUAGUCAUUCUCCGGUCUUGUUGGAUUGGUUUCUCUGGAUGAAAUCGAGUUGAGCCAUCGGGUGCAUGGAUCUAAGCCAUCAUGGAUGAGUUCCCUGCAUUGGACAACGUGCGCGUGCUGGGUCUCGUCCUGGUCUCACUGGUAGGAGUAUGGCUUGUCUUGGGACAUCCGACGAGGAAGCAUCUCGCACCGUGGUUCAAGCUACACCAUCGCAGACUAUCAUCCAGCGAGACAUCGUCCGGAGAGAAAAGCCCACCUGCCAGUCUUGGGUCAUCCGCUAGUUAUACAAACGCCCUACCCCCUCAACGUCGAGAAGUCCUCGCCACUCUACCAAGUACUGCCCCAACGUACAGAAAAGUAAACGAAGAGGAAGUCCAGCGACAUCUUAUCCCAAUGGACGCAGACUACCGCUCCUGUGACGACGACCGAUUCACCCCGACGGGUUUCUCUGUGGCCGAGAUCAAAGCCUUGGGCGAUUUCCCGGACUAUGCACAGCUCAGCGGUGUGCCUUUACCACAGGCCUACGAUGGAUUUGAUAUUGAAAAGGCCCUUGCGCGGCCGUAUCGCCCGUUUCGAUGGUCUUAUCAUCAGACGAUGUCCCUAACAAAGCUCGAAACCGACUGGUGGAUCGAGCUCGAAAACACCUACAAGUCGCGCAUCGCACAGCGCAACGACCUCUACGCCAAAUACGGCUCCGCCGUCGUGGGCUACCUCCCUGGCUCGGAAUUAGCCUGUAAGGAGCUGAUGGAAAUGGUGCUGCAAUUCGUGUGCGCGCGCUAUCCGAAGUAUUUCUCUCUGGAAGACAACCGGAUCUUUCAUAAUCGCAUCCUCGGCACAGAACAGGACGUCCGGUCUAGUCACCCGCUUGAGAUAUUGAUCCAGAAUAUCCCUGAGGAUUUCGCCAUCAUGAUGCGCGAUGAGAAAACGGGCUUUUACUUCCUCCGAGCGGGUGUUAUUUGCUCCGCGCUGGGGUGGAAUAUUGGGACUAAGAUUGGGUUGCAGUUGCAUGAGAUUCAUGCUCCUAUUCCGGAUUAUAGGGAGAAGAUGCAGUUUUCUAUGGAUCGAUUCUUCACCAAGAUGCCCACCGAAAAACCCAUCCAGCGCGGCUCCUGGGGCCUCGAAAUCAACCAACCCCUCUACAUGCCCCCCGGCGACCCGCACGAAGCCAUCCGUCACACACAGGACCCCAACCUCCACCUCGAAGACUGCCAUCUACGCGUCGACUGGCAGACGCUGCGCCGGCUGCCGCUCUCAGCGGGCAUCUUGUUCAAUUUCAAGGCGGUCUUCACGCCUGUCUCCGAGUUCCGCGACGAGCCGGGUGUGCCGGCGCUUUUGUCGACGAUUCUGAAGGAGGGCAAGAGGGAUUUGAUGGUGUAUAAGAGUACGUGGCACGUGGAGCAUGUGGUUUUGCCGGCUUUGGAGAGGUGGGCGGCAGAGCAGGUGGGGGACGGGGUGGUGGAUGGGGGGUGGAGGGUUGCGACUUUGGAUGAGAGUCCUUGGUUUAGGGGGUGGGUGGGGAAGUGGAGGGGGAUGCAGGGGUUUUGA